AAGCACAUAUGGUAUAGUGUGCAGCAGCUUGAUUCAUGGGAAAACACCACCCUGAAUUUUUGUAGAAACAAGACUUCCACGGCUAUCUUACAGCAGUGCCGGCAGCUGAACCCCAACAUGAGUGAAGAGGACAAUAAGAAAGGAUGGUAAACUGAGAAAGUUUCUUCCUUCCCUGCCAAGGGGACAUGCACCACCCGUGCCAUGUGGACUCUGACAUCGCAGACUGGCUUGCCACCAUUCAUUUGGAGAGAUAUGCGGGUACCUUCAAGCAGCAUGGAUAUGGCUCCAUCAGAGAUGUCCUCUCUCUUUGUAAGGAGGAUCUAAAAACCAUAGGUAUCACUGCUACUGGCCACUGCAAAAGGAUUCUGACUUUAAUGCAAUGCACCCAAAUCCUUGUGGGGGAUAAUAGUGGGCACAUGGCAGGAGAUGCCCAUUACAGGUCUGGCAAAUGUGAAGAUUCUCUGGAUAGGACCAAAACUGAGGAGAAGAAUGAUGUUGGAAAGAAUACAGAAGUCAUAGUACGAACUCCUUCUGGCCCUGCAUUUGUCUGUGACUCAAAAAAUAAUCAUCCACCACCACUGAGUAAGGAACCAAUUUCCAAGCCAGUACCCAAACCCAGAACUGUAUUUCCCCAUGCACCCCAAGCAACCAAACUAGAUAAAGCAUCAUUGUCACCACCACAAACAUCUGUACCUGGUUGUAAACCUACUUCUUGCUCUGAACAGUCUCAAGAAACCAUUAUUAUCCUGGAGGGAUUUGAUCCAGGGGAAAGCAACACAGAUAAUGAGAAGCUUGAGGUCACCCCUGAGCCCAAAGUUAGGCCAAGAGAUGAAGUCCCAAGCACCACCUUGUCACUUCAACACGGAACAAGGAAGAAUAUCUCAGGAUCUGUUCUGCUGCCCUCUGCUCCUGUGAAAGAACUAAGUUGUGACAUCCAGAAUGUGGAUGGAACCUCUUCAUCUUCCACCCCUACAUGUUUCGCCUAUAAGAGCCAGCCUGCAGACUCCAGUCCAAUAGAAUCCAUUUCAAAUGCUUUCAAAAUACAUGGAGAGCCUUUGUUGCUUCCUCCCAUGCUCAGCAAAUCAGCUUCCCUAGAGGACAGAAAAGAGGUGAGAUCAGCUAUGCUUUUGCCAGUACCACCUAAAAGCAUGGAGGUCAAGGAGAGUGUGAGGAGCCAGGCUGGUACCCUGCCUUCUGGGCUGACUAUGGAAAACGGGACUGUGAACAUGGACAACUCCAUGGGACGGGUCUGCCUGGAUCUAGAUCGAACACCCCCAAGAGCUGCCAGCAGAUCAGGCCCUGUUGAGGAAUCCAUCAGCCCCUAUUGCGAAAGCAUGUUUGGAAAUUAUUGGUCUACCCAGGAGCAGGGUGCUGCUUCCCCUGAAGGACAGGAAUAUGAAGAGGUAUCAGAAUGUGCUGCAAGUCACAGAGAAGACAGAAUCACGGGCAGAAGCAUAAAGGUGGAAGAAAAAAGCCAGUCUACUCAGAGGGGAGUUGCCUUCAACAAACCUGUUGCCCAGAAUGAGACUGAAGGCUAUUCUACUGUGGAGGUUCCAUGGACCCCAAGUUCUCAUUUCCAGAUCUCUUCAUACGCUGAUGAAACAUUAGAUGACUUGACCAUCUCUCCUUAUGCGAGCUAUACCUCAUCGUCUGAGCGGCCACCCACUGUGUUCAAUAGCUGGCUGGACAAGCUCUCUCCACAGGGGAAUUAUGUCUUCCAGCGACGCUUCGUCAGAUUUGAUGGGAAGAAUAUCAUGUAUUUUGGCAAUGAGAAGGAGCCGUAUCCUAAAGGAGUAAUUCCACUCUCUGUCAUUGACAUGGUGCGUUCCACCAAGGACAACAAAUUCCAAGUUGUCACUAGGCACAGGAUCUUUGUCUUCCGAGCUGAAAAUGAAGCUCUGCGGGAUGAAUGGUGCCGCAUUCUGCAACAGAAAGUGACAGAGCAGCGACUGUUCAGUCCUCGGCCCUGCCUCAGCAGCAGCGCCAGCAACAGCAUCACCCGCUUCCAGAAGUCUGGCUACCUAGAACUCAAGGGCUACAAAUCCAAGCUCUUUGUGGUGCUUAUCCUGGCAGAGAUGUGGCUGUACAAAAGUGAGCAGUUCUUUAAAAUGGGUGUUGCAAUCUGUGUGAUAGAAAUGCACAGCACCACCAUCAGAGAUGCCAAAGGACGCGGCUUUGAGCUCAUCACCCCAUUCAAGAUAUUCAGUUUUGUUGCUGAGUCUGAACGAGAAAAGCGGGAGUGGAUGGAGGCCCUACAGAACUCCAUUGCUGAGACACUGUAUGACUACGAAGUAGCUGAGAAGAUCUGGUCUAACAAAGCCAACAGGUUUUGUGCUGACUGCCAGGCUCUGAGCCCUGACUGGGCUUCCAUCAACCUCUGUGUGGUCAUCUGUAAGCAGUGUGCAGGCCAACACCGGAGUUUGGGCUCCAGCAUUUCUAAAGUGCAGAGUCUGAAGCUGGACACAAGCAUUUGGAGCAAUGAGAUGGUUCAGUUGUUCAUCAUGCUGGGGAAUGAGCAAGUCAACAGGUUUUGGGCAGCGCAUCUCCCACCUUCUGAAGCCUUGUAUCCUGAUGCCAGCACUGAGCAGAGGCGAGACUUCAUCACAAGCAAGUACCGCUAUGGGCGCUACCGCAUGCAGCACCCACAGUACAGCAGACAGGAAAGUCUUUUAAAGGCUCUGUGUGCAGCUGUGUCUGGGCCUGGCCUGCUUAAGACAAUGUUGAAGUUCUUUGCAACCACCAUGGAUGCUGAGAUGGGAAGCUGCAGCACCACUCUAGGAGCCACUCCCUUGUACAACAGCGGGCAGGUUCAGCAAAGAAAUUGCCCAGGCAAUCUUGGUGUGGAAGGAUUUAGCCCAGAAGGGGUCUACAAUGAAAUUACACAAGCAAUUGCCCACUGUGGCUAUCUGUAUAAGGCACCAGCCAUGACGAAAAUCACCGUCAUCAAGAAGAGCAGAGAGGAAUUUCAGAGAGUCUGGUGCUCCCUGGAGAAGUUUUUACUGUUCUAUGAGACUGAGAUGAGCUCUGAGCCAGUGGGGAAAAUAGACCUGGCAGAUGUGAUUUCACUUGCUGUGAACAGAACAGACAUGGUGCCUAAUCCUGGCUCCUCAGACAGGCUCCACUUCACACUGGAGUUGUAUCUGAGCAAUGAACGAGUGCAACACCUGGAGACUGAUGGGCCAGAGAGCCUGAAUUCCUGGGCCAGUGCUAUUGGCAAGUGGUUCACCCCUCUCAGCUGCCACUGCCUGCUGGGCUACGAAUUCCAGAAAGUGGGCAAGCUGUGCUAUAAGUCCAUGUUAAAUCCCAACCAGUGGCUGCAAGGUUUCUUCAUCCUCCAGAAGUCGCAUCUCUUCAUCUGCCCAGGAGAAGAAGGGACAGCAGAGGACAGCAUCAAUUUGCGACAGCUUCAGGAACUCAGUGUUGUACCCCUUGUGGAAGGUCCAGAGAAGAAAGAGAUGCUGAUCCUGGUGGAGAUGGGGAGGACCUUCUGUCUUCAAGGGGCCUCCAGACUGGACUUUUCCACCUGGUGUACAGCUAUCCAGGCCUCAGCAGGGGGGCAGGGAAAUGCCUUGCGAGAUCAACAGCUCAGCAGGAGUGGCAUCCCCAUCAUUGUGAACAGCUGUAUUGCUUUCAUCACCCAGUAUGGGCUGCAACAUGAAGGCAUUUAUCGGAAGAAUGGAGCCAAGUCCCGCAUCAAGCUUUUGAUGGAUGAAUUCCGACGAGAUGCCCGAAAUGUCAAGCUCCGCAUUAGUGAUAAUUUUAUUGAAGAUGUGACGGAUGUACUGAAGAGGUUUUUCCGAGAACUGGAAGAUCCUGUCUUUACCACAUACCUGCACCCCCAGUGGAAGGAAGCUGCAGAAAUUGCGCAGAAGUCCCAACGUUUGGAGCGAUAUAAGGAGCUGAUAAACUGCUUGCCCCACCUCAACCGCAGGACCCUGGCUGCUCUGAUUGGCCACCUGUACCGGGUACAGAAAUGUGCUGGCCUGAACCAAAUGACCACCAAGAACCUGGCUCUCCUUUUUGCACCCAGCCUCUUCCAGACAGAUGGAAAGGGAGAACAUGAGGUUAAAGUGAUGGAAGACCUCAUUGGCAACUAUGUUCACAUCUUCAAUAUUGAUGAAGACCAGGUGUUGCAGAUGGAUCUAGAGAACAGUUUGAUUACUACUUGGAGAGACGUGCAGCUUUCCCAGGCUGGUGAUAUCAUUCUGGAGGUCUACCUGGAGCAGAAGAAUCCUGACUGUUGCAUCACUCUUAAGGUGUCCCCAAUAAUGAGGGCAGAAGAACUGACAAAUCAAGUGCUGGAAAUGCGAAAUGUGGCUGCCAGUCUGGACAUCUGGCUGACCUUUGAGGUCUUAGAGAAUGGAGAGUUAGAGCGCCCACUGCACCCCAAAGAGAAGGUUCUAGAGCAAGCCCUACAGUGGUGUAAGCUGUCCAAACCCAGCUCUGCCUAUUUGCUAGUGAAAAAGGUGUCCAUCCAGGAAGGCAGCUGCCUUUUCACAGGUGAGUACAUCUGCCCUUUGGAGAUAGUCUUGCAUGUUGAGGCCUUUGAGACAAGCAAGUCAAUUGUGACAGAAUCAAUUUUUCAAUGCAAUGAAGUAAAAGUGAACAGAAGGAUUACUAGUCCAAAGAGCAAACAAGUUCCUGCCUCUUGUGCCAUCUUAUACCUUUGGAUGGAGGAUGACAUUGCUAUUCUUUCUCCCCAGAGUGUCAAGCCAGAGCGGGAGUGGCUGCUAGACACAGCUAAGGUUUACAUGGGGAUUCGAAAAAAACUGAAACCGCCUUCACUGUGGGGUUUUACUGUCAUCCUAGAAAAACAUCAGCUGUAUUUGGCAUGCACAGGGCAAUCCGAGCUGUGGGACUGGACCACCAGCAUUCUGAAAGCUCAGCAUGACAGCAUCCGUCCAGUCAUCCUGCGUCGACGCUCUUCUUCUGACUUGGCCAAGCAAAAGUUUGGCACCAUGCCACUGAUCCCUCUACGUGGAGACAGCACCAACCCCAUCAUGCUCUCUGCUAAUCAGACCUUGCACCGCCUCCAUACGAGAAGGACAUUAUCCAUGUUCUUUCCAAUGAAGAUGCACCAGGACUCACUAGAGGAGCAGCAGGAGGCAGAUGACUCUGAACCUGUCUAUGAGGAGGUGGGCAACUUCGCAGACAUCGGGUUUCCAGAGGUGAAUCACUCCCUGCUGCCUCCUGUGGAUGAAACCAAGAAGGCAGCUGCUUCCUCAAAGCAGGAUGUAUCUGGCUUACUGCCCCACUGUCCAGCUCCCAGAUCAUCUGGAACAAGCUUAGCAAAAGCAUCCUGCCUUGAGAAAGCCUUUCCUCAGGACCUAGAUAAGGAGCUCCAGACAGACAGACUCUCAGGUAAUGGAACUACUCAAGGCGCUUCUGCAGAAAUACAGACUAAGCCUCAAGUACUGUCUGCCCCAGCCAGGGACCAGGCCGCACCAACCAUAACAUCUGCCCUCCAUCAUGAACCUCUGUCUGGAAGGGAGACUCAGGCUAGAGACACCAGGAAGAAGAGCUUUCAGGCAGACAUCUCCAUCAGUGACCAGCUCAUGCAAGAGCUGAGCACUGCACUCCUUCGAAAGAACGAAUGCCAGACACCGAUCGCAUCAGGAAUGAACAAUGUCUUUUCACAGGAUGGGACUCAGGAUCCACUGGAAGGAUCGUGUGAUCUGAGGACUGGGAGCUCAUAUACUAAGACUGGACUCAGCACUGGUGCUGCUGAGCCCUAAUAAUAAAUGGUUAGAGUCUCUGUUGGGUUGCAUCAUCGCCGAUAUAACCAGAUGUCCUUCCUGGAAGUAAGGCUUAAAGAAAUUACUUCUCUACACUUUUCUCACUGUCCCCUAUAAAUAUUUUACUAUUUAAAUUCCCAGCUAAAGGUAGGGCGUGUGGUGUAUGUGGCAAGGGGUGUGGAGAGUGGGAGAAUGUUUCUCAGAAGAAUGCUGUGUCUUUGCCCUGGCCCCUCAUUACCAGCUCAACACCAGUUCCGAUUCAUUUGCAGUAUCACAUGCUCAGGCCUGUGUGUUAGGCCACAAUUCCUAGGCCAAAAGUGGUACUAAAUGGAAGUCUCAGCUUCCAGAAAAUUUCACCUUUCAUUUACAAGAUGUAUAGCCUUAUUAUUAGAAGUUCUGUCUCCACAUCUCUCUGCAAUGUCAGCUGAAACCCCAAUAGUCUGAGAAGUAACGAAACAUUGGAUGCACAGCUUUAGUUUCUUCAUCCCAGAGGGAAAGCAAAUUGUUAUGUAAAAUAGUACAGACAAAAUAAGAUUAAAUUAUGCAGGUUUGCUCAACUAGUAUAAUUUGUAUAUGUCAUAGACUUCAUCUGCUCAUAGUAUAACAUUUCAAUUACCUCUGUAACAGAAUUUUAUUUACCACAGAGUAUAUAUAUGCCUGCAUGUUUUUCUGGCAGAACCAUAAAGUCUAAGUCUCUUGCUGAAAGCAGUUCCAGCAAUAUUUAUUAUACUAAUAACUGGAUUAAAGGAAUUUUGUACAAUGCACAGCAAGAGGCUUGUUU